AUGCGACCUUUUCAUCUUCUCCUUGCAGCAGGCAUUCCUGCCCUGGCUGCCACAGCUGGCGAGUUCAACAUCCUCUCCUUCAACGUCGCAGGUCUGCCCGCCAUCCUGAACGGCAACGAGGUUCCAGGCGACAAGACCGACAACUCUCGUCAGAUUGGUAAGAAAUUCGCCGAGUACGGAUACGACGUUAUCCAUGUGCAGGAGGACUUCAACUACCACGCGUACAUCUACGAAACCGACAACCAUCCCUACCGCACUCCCACCUCUGGCGGCGCGGCGAUCGGUUCCGGCUUGAAUACGCUGUCCAACUUUCAAUUCACCAACUUUGUGCGGACCAAAUGGGGGACGUGCUCUAAUGCCGAGGGGGCAGACUGUCUGACUCCCAAGGGAUUCACCUCGAUGCGGGUGCGCGUCGACGAGGGCGUAUAUGUGGAUUUCUACAAUCUCCACGCUGACGCCGGAUCAAAGGACGACGAUGUUAAGGCUCGCAGCGCCAACCUGCAGCAGCUGGCCGAUUACAUCAAGGUCAACUCGGUCGGCAAUGCGGUGCUGGUGUUUGGCGACACCAAUGCGCGGUAUACAAGGUCCGGCGACAAUAUCCGUGUCUUCCAGACGCAGAAUGGCAUGGUCAACCCGUGGGUGGAGCUGAUUCUCAAGGGAGCUGAGCCGGCCGAGGGGAGCAAUGCCUUGAUCUGCCAGAAUCCUAGCACAACCAACGACUGUGAAACUGUCGAUAAGAUCUUCUACCGGGGAAGCCGUGCGGCCGAUCUAAAGGCCGUCUUCUGGAACUACGAGAGCAACAAGUUCCUCAGCGACAAGGGAACGAUCCUCUCCGAUCACAAUCCCAUCACGACAAACUUUACCUGGACCAUGUCCAAUUCCUUCCGCCAGAGUGACCUCUUCGGUGGACCCCACGGAACCUGGUUCAACGAUCUCGACUCCCUCCCCACCGCUUUCACCGGCCAGAACAAACCAAGCAAGAUCUCCCUGCGCGGUGCCGAGCGCCUCGACAGCGUCGGUCUCACCGUGACCUCUGGCAAGAGCUACACUCACGGUGGCACCGGGGGUAAGCUCUCGGAACUCACGCUCGCGGCGAACGAGUACUGGACCAAGGCGAAGCUGUGCCAGGGGCAGUACAGCGGCCACACGCGCAACUUUUACCUGCUGGCUACGACGAGCACCGGCCGGACGGUGAGUGCGGGGACGGCGACGUCGGACUGCAAGGAGUUCACAGCGGCGCAGGGAUGGCAGAUUGUGGGAUUCUACGGGCAGGAUGGGGACGAGAUUGAUCAGCUGGGAUUUAUCUACGGGUUGAUUUAG